AUGGAUCUUGGAAACAGAGGAAGAGUCCACUGCACCAUGAGACUUGCCUGCUCUCUCUCACUCAUGUUAGUGUUCUGUGUGACACCUUUCCUCUGCCACAGUCAAAUUGAUCCACUGGCUCUUGGGCGGGCAGACCCCCAGUGCUGGGAAUCCUCCUCAGCUGUUUUACUAGAGAUGAGGAAGCCUCGCAUUUCUGACUCUGUCAGUGGCUUUUGGGACUUCAUGAUCUUUCUGAAAUCCUCCGAGAACUUGAAACAUGGGGCUUUGUUCUGGGACCUGGCACAGCUCUUCUGGGAUAUCUACGUGGACUGUGUGCUCUCCAGAACCCAUGGUCUGGGGAGAAGGCAGCUGGCAGAAGCUGAGCAGAAGAUGGCUACUCUACGUUCUAUGUUCACAGGGAGAAAACAAGGGACAUUUUCUCAUAUUCAGAGGUCACCAGUUCUGAAGAAGAAAGACUCAUUUGAAGAUUUAAUAAGUAUCCAUAUACAUAAGAGUAGAUCUAUAUUACUUGGAAGAAUCAUUGGAGUGCUAGGAAAAAAGAGGAAAUUACACGUUUAG